UCGCUCCGUCACUCGCUAUCAUCAACAACAUUACUACAUUGCAUUACAUCAUCAUCGUCAUCAUCCUCCUAUGUGCGAUGGAUCUCUUCUCCCUCCAAAACUUGGAAUGUCGAUGAAACUCUGAUCCCAUUCUCCUCCUUCUUCUUCCUUCUCCGUGUUUUCUUUUGACUAUGGACGAAGCUUCGUUGAUGCGCAACACCGAUUGCGUUUAUUUCUUGGCCUCUCCCCUCACUUGCAAGAAGGGAGCUGAAUGCGAGUAUCGGCAUAAUGAGAUUGCGAGGCUUAACCCUAGGGAUUGCUGGUACUGGUUAUCUGGCAGUUGCCUUAAUCCAACAUGUGCUUUCAGGCACCCUCCAUUGGAUGGCCAGACUGGAGUUUCAUCUGAGCCAACACAGUCUGCUGUGCCUGCAAAUAAGACAAUGGUUCCCUGUUAUUUUUUCUUCAAUGGAUAUUGCAAUAAAGGCGACAGAUGCUCAUUUUUGCAUGGGCAUGAUGACAGCCAUUUCACUGUAAAGCCUGUAAAGAAUGACAAAGGAGGCACUGAUCCACCCAACCUAGAGAAUAAGGUGUUGUCAGGAACUGCCCCAUCAACAACUGAAACUCAGUUGAACCCGUCGUUAACUGCCCCAAAGGCUUUGCCCACUUUCAAGCCUCCACCUAAGGAAGAUCUUCAACUAUCCUUAUAUGCUGUUGAGUAUGAAGAAGCUACAGUUGCAGGGUCGGAGUCUCCGUAUCCAGAAGGAAGAUUUGUUGAUAACAUCUCUCAACGAUGCAGUGAGCAGGGUUCAGAGGAGCAAGUAAAUGGUCACAUCGAGCCUGAUGAACGUUGGGAAUCAUCAUCCCCUGGAUUUGAUGUUCUUGUUCAUGAUGAAUCGGCAAACUUGGGCUAUGAGGAGGAUCCUGAAUAUCUUCCUGAUGGGGAACAUGAGGAACUGAAUGAACAAUACUUGGGGUAUGAAUUUGAGAACCCAGUUGAGUAUGACAAUAUGUGCCGCAAAGCUGACAUCCUGUAUGAACAAGAAAUGUAUGAUGAUUAUAGACGUUUAGAUAGAGAUCUUACUCGUGCUAAUGGCAGAAGAGUUUAUGAUUGUUCCAGUGAUAUAAUCUUAGAUUCUAUGUUGACUAGGAAAAGGAUUCAGAUGAGCGAUAUAGCUACCUGUGAUGGGAAGUUAGAUCUACGAGACCAUCUGAGAAGACGAAGGGAAAGUAGUGGUCCACCUGAUGCGAGUUUCAUCAGACGACAUGAAUCCUCUUCUUUGAUGGUUCGAAACCGGGAAAGGCAUCAAAGGCAUUACAAUGAACAGAGACUAAGGGGAAGAUUGUCAUCGCAAGUGGGACUUACCACUAUAGACCCCAUUGGAGAGGUUGAAACUCUUUCAAUUGCUAACAAGCCAAGGUUAUUUAGGAAUUCCCAGCAGCAUUGGCCAAGGAAGCAUUAUAGAGAAAAGCCAGCUAAACGCCAGUUUCAUUCAUCUAAUGACUCCAGGAGACCAGUUUUCAAGCAAAGGAGAUUUGUUCACGAGUCCUCUACAUUUUCAGGACCCAAGAGCCUUGCAGAAAUUAGAGAAGAGAAGAAAAAGGCUGCAGGAAGUUUUCACUGCAAAAGCACAUCACCUGAUUUUCAGGACCCCAAACCUCUUAGUGAAAUUCUCAAGGGCAAAAGGAGUGUGGACGGAGUUGGAGAUGUCAAUGUCUGCAGCAACUGAAUUUUGAGUUCAAAGUAAUGGUUUCUCGAGACUAAUAAUUUUCAACGUAGAUAAAACUAGAUAAGAUGGGGUGGAGGAAUUGGGUUUUUGCCGCUGGUAGUUGCUGAUACUUUUGGAUAACCAGUGUUUGACUAGAAAAGAUAACGUUGUUGGUUGAGUUUGUUGCUUUUGUCAAAGGCAUAUGUAGCGAGUGGAUUACCGUUUUUCAUGAAUUUUGACUGACUGCCCUA